UUCAGUCAAAUGAUUUGAAUUUUUAAUGACAUUUUAUAAAAGACGUGUAAGUAAGAAAAAUAUCGGUAAAAUAAAUUGUCAAGAAUAUUCUUGGGCCCACCUGUACAUAGUUCGGAAGUAUACUAAAACUAGAACAAAACAAUUAAAAUUUUACUGCCGGCUCUCAGUCUACUGCGAAUCAUGGCCAAAGAUAUCACCUCGGCUACACACACACCUAUGUAACACCUAUAGUUCUGCGUAACCAUUUGUUUACAUUCAGCUUUAGUGAGUUUGUCUCUUAUUGCUAGCGUAACGAACUGCAUCGGUGUUUUCUUAGACACUGUAUUUACCAUUAAAUCUGUUGACUUCAAUGUGAAAUAGUGAAGUAACGAGUGAGGCGGUGCAAUAAGACGCGAUGGGAGUGCCGAUGUUGAAGAACUGUUGCUUUUGCGCGAGUUUACACACAGGAAUGCUCAUUAUAGCGUAUUUGUAUUCAUUAUUUCCCGGGGUUGGCGCAUUAUCGUGCGGCAUAUCGAUGGCAAUAUACACUCGCAUAUAUCAUGAAAUCCUUCGGAAAGAGAUGUGGCGAUCGUCAUUUUCACACAUUGUGGAAUCGGAACAAAACAAUAUGACUGCAGCUUUAAUUUGGUCUGGGGUUAUAAUACUUGUCCUCGCUGUUUUUGGCUGCUGCGGGGCGACCUGUCAAAACAAGACAGUGCUUUGCAUUUAUUCCGCGCUUAUGGGGCUGCUCGCUGUGAUGGACUUCGGUUGGAUAUUAUGGCAGUAUUCAACAAGUAGAAAUAUGUUCACCAUCAAGCAUUCCUUCAGCCAUGAUUUUCAACUAGCUUUGCCGAUCGCUUUACUCGUCAUAACGACUGCAGCAACGACCCUGGGGUCCGUCCUGGCGGCCCAUGCUACUAGAGAAGCCAAAGAAGCAACAUUACAGCCGCCCCCUUACGAAAUGGAUCCUCCAGCGUAUCCACUUUGCGCCGAUUUUGACGUCACAAGGCGUGGAAGUGCCGUUAUCAUUGACAUAAUUUCAUAGAAAUAUGUGAGAGUUAGAUUGGUAACAGUGGCGUAGUUAGGCGUGGGCGGAGCGGCCGGCCCCCUGCUUCUCGGCCUCGCACUCGCGGGAGCCAGCCCUUUUGAUUAUUUGGGACUUGGAACACAUUUAAGCCGCGGACUGGACGCAAGCGACGCGCGGUGCGGUGAGCGGCAAAUCAAGGUAAUUCAGACAUUGCGCUUUUCUCAUUUCUUUCAAGCCGCGCCCGCGCACCGCUUGCGUCUAAUGCGCGGCUUGAAAGAACAGGGCCUCGCGCGCGCUUCACGCUACGCCACUGUUUGCUAGUUUUUUUAGAAUUAGUUUAUUCUAUUUUAGACUCAGAUGCAAAGUGAGGAUACGAUCCUAUAUUACUACAAUUUCGGUACAAAAGCGGGAGAAAAUUGUCCAACUGAACUGUUUUUUACGGUCAACAUCAAUAGAAUGAUGAAUCAAUGCAUCAAAAGUAUCCGCCAUCCUGGAAAACAUUUCCGAAACGGGAAUGUGCGUGCAUGAACUAUAGGGGGCAGUACAGGAGUUUGUUUAUUGGCGCUAAGUGUACAUGUCAAUGUAGCCCACAAGAUGGCAGUCCAUACAAUGCAUAAGAAAACGUGAACAGCCUUGUUUUGGCGUGAAGUAUCAAUGUACAGUUUAUGUUCCCGAUUCAGGCCUCAAGAUGACAGAAUUGGCAGAACGCGCA